AUGGCGGUAGAAAGACCAAGAGAGCAAGAAAAGGGGGAAACAAUGGAGGCAAAGUUCAUUGACGUGGAAGCUAAAAUUUUGUACAAUGUUAUAGAGACGUUCGAAAAGAAAAUAAAAAACUUGUCUUUCAUAAAUGAGGAGGUUUUGGAAAAGUUAAACGGCAGUGGAUUAAACGAGAUGCCUGAGGAAUUUUUGAUUUAUUUUAAGGAUAUAAUAAAACUAAAUAAAUUGUAUGAACACACUCAAGUAAUAAGAAGUGAAGAAGAAGAAGAAACACAAGAUGGAAAUGCUAGCGAAGAAGAUUUACAAGAUGAUUGUCUUUGCAUUUAUAAUGAACACGAAGAAUUGCUCAAAAAAAUAAAAAAUUAUUGUGCAUCAUUAUGUAACAUAUUUAAAAAGAAUCAUAAGCUCAUUAAUACUUUAAAUUCUUUAAACGAUAAGGAAAAUCAUGAUUUCUACAAGUUUCUUCACAUCAUUACCAAUUUGAAAGACAUAUUUCUCACCAAAUUCCAAACGACGGCAGAGGAAAAUUUUAAGAGGAGUGAACGAAUGGAUGAGUUAAAGGAAGAAGAAAAAAAUAUACAAGUUGAAGAGAAAAAAUUAAAUGAUGAGUUAGAGUACAUUCGAAAGAAAAGUCAAAACGAAUUGAAAGAGUUAGAGCGCAUUUUACAAAACAAAGAAAAAGAAUUAGACGAGUUAAAACAAUGUUCAGAAGAAAAUAUCAAAAAGUUAAUAAACAAAAUGCCAACAAAUAAUGUAUCAGAUGAUUUGCAAAAUAUAAAUUCUUUAUAUGAAAAAACAAAAAAUGUUUAUGAGAAUCAUAUAAGGACAUACCAAGAUUUGGAGGUAAACUUAGUGAAAAAAAAUAAAUUACUAGAGCUUGAUAUACAGAAUUACAUCAAUACGAUCGAUAAUGAUAUCACUACCAUGGAUGCUGAGUUAGAAAAGUGCAGAAAAGAAUUACAGAAAAACAAGAUGGCGGAGAAGGAAUUGGACUCAAUUAUAAUUAGAAAAAAAGCAGAAGAAGAAGAAAAGCAAUUUUUAAAAGAGUUAACUGAAAAAAGAAAAAAAAUCAUUCAGAAAAAAGAAAAGGAAAAUAAUGAUGCGGCGGUUAUUAUACAGUCGUACAUUAGAGCAGUCAAGGAAAGGUACUCAUUAUGUGAACACGAAAAAAAAAAAAAAAAGAAAAAGAAAAAGUGA